AUGGCCUACAACGAUGACUCUGUGCGUGCAAAACUCUCUGCACUCAAUGAAACGCAAGAGGAGGUCGCGCAGCAGUCCAAGGCGAGACGUAAAGACGAUUUCCUAAUCGCAUUCUCUCCAGUCAUUGCAGAAGCCACGGCAGUCGCUUAUAAAGGAUCAUCAAAUGAUAUACAGCAGAAGCUGCGGCGAGUGGUCGAGGUUUGGAGACAGCGUGGCGUAUUUGAGUUGCCAAUUCAGGAAGCUGUGGAAGCUCGUGUUGAUGAACUGGACAAAAACCGUUCGUCUGGUAAGAAGCCUUUGUUGGGCGGAUCUCUUUUCAGCUCGGGCUCUGUACCACCUGAGCUACAGCCGCUUAUUCCGCUACAAGUCAGCGUCUCCAAAGGCGCAGUGACAUCCGGCGCUGCGGUCAAUACAGCCAAUGCAGAGUUUGACAAAAUGAAUGACCCCGCCACGCCAACGCCGUCAGCACCUGUACACGCAGCGCGUCUCAGUCAGCUUCUCAAGUCAUUAGCGAAUGCCGAAAGCUCUGUAGCCGAGAUUAUCAAAUCCCGCCAGGCGCUUAUGGAAGGUCUUGAAAAGAUGCUCGAAAGCAACCGUACCGCACUCGCUAGGGAUACCACUCUCUUGACUCAGAUGGGCGAAAAGAAGUCAGAAAUCGAGACGAGAAAGCGCGACGUUGAAGACGCAAUUAUGCGCGGUCUUUCUGCAGAGGAUUCAUCAGCGGAUAACAAUGGCGGUGUCCGAGUAGAUGAUGAAGCGGCUCGUCCCAACGUCGAGGCUCUGACGCCACCUCCUGUAGAGUCACUUACCCCUACUGGUUCGCCCGUGCUGCAGCAGCAGCAAUCAGAAACAAACAAUACGCAACCGCCACACCCUCAUCCUUUCACAAUGUCCGACCAUAGCAUGGACUUGAGCCCGGAUAUGUAUGACAGGGCUGCUGAUGGUAGCGUGCCCGGGAAUUGA